UUCACUUGUACUAGUGAUCGUGAGAAGUUGUAUAGUACAAUGAGUCUCAGCUAGGGCUUCUCUGCAGACUUUGGAACCCGGCCUGACAGGUCCAGGUGUCAAUUCGACUUUUCAAGCUCACUCCUAAGUAAAGGAGCUGACAAGAAUAUUCUUUUCUAGAUUCUAUUUCUACCUCACUGCUAAAUUCCAGUGUAUGCCUGCUUUGCUGGCUUGAUGGACAGUACUAGUGACAGUGCAGUGACAUCGAGUUGCUAAAGGCAAAGACAAAACAUGGAGGACCAGGACCCCUUUGUCUUCAGAAGCACAAAUGACUGCAGUUCCAAUUAGCCCCAGCCCCAACUCUACCACGAUGGCGUCAACUAAAAGUUGUCCAAUCGUCGAGAUAAAAACAAUUACACACAUAUUUCGAGACCUUCUUUUACAGUAUCUGGAUCCCAAAAGUGUCUGUCCCCGAUUGGAUUUGGGUUCUCAUUCUUCCUUGCUCUUUGAUGCAAGCAAAAGGAGUAGACGAGAAGGAGUGGAAGAGCUGCUACAAGCACUUGGUCAAAUGGAGGAUGAGAGAGGAGUUGCUAAGAGAUUCAUGGAUGCACUUGAGAGUUCAGGUGUCGAGAGCAAUGGAAACCCAGAUGGUCAUGAUGAUGAUGAUAAUAAUGGAGGACCAAAGCAAGACCCUCAUGACAAGAAGAAACGGGAUGAUGAUGACGGCAAACCAGGUCCUGAUGAUGACAAGCCUGACAAUGGAGAUAAACCCGAUACCAGCGAUGCUACUGGUGUGUGGUGAAGGGAUGUCUGGUGAGCACCCAGGAAGGUCUGGUGAUGAUGCAGAUUCUGAUGGUGGCAACAUCCCUCAGAUGCUACAGUACCUGAAACUACCAGAUACACCUAAAACUACCAGUUCAUCCAUAAGCAGUGAUGCAGAGACCAAAAACACAGGGACAUGUAACGAAGCUAGUCCAUUGAGUACCCCUAUGACUAUAGAGCGCCUAAACCUUCAUGACUACCAGGAGGAACUAGCAAAGCACUCCCUCGCUGGCAAGAACUCAGUCAUCGUAGCACCAACAGGAUCUGGAAAGACUCGGGUGGCCAUAGCCAUCGCAAUAAAUGCCUUGAAAGAGCAGAGAGGAGCCUGCAAGACACACAAAAAAGUUGUCUUUGUUGUGAAUAAGGUUGCCCUGGUAGAGCAGCAGAAAAAUGCAUUCCAGGAGUUCAUCCCUGACGUUGUAGGAAUCAGCGGAGACAUGUCAUCCCAGAUGCCGUUGGUUUAUUAUCUACAGCAGGCUAAUGUCAUCGUUCUGACUGCACAGAUACUUCUCAAUGCUCUUAAGGAUGAUGAGAGUUUCUCCCUCUCCUUGCUACGUCUCAUCAUUCUAGAUGAAUGCCACAACACUCAGAAAGAAAAUUCUUACAACACCAUUAUGGCCUAUUAUAGAGAUGAGAAGAAAGAAAAUCAAGCAACUUUGCCACAAGUAAGAAUGAGCUUCUCAGCGACCUUCUUUUCAUAG